AUGAAGUUCAACUUGUUCAGAAGGCCAGAGGCCGUGGCGGCCGCCGAUCCCACCGGUCCCACCGGUGCCACCACCGCGACCAUGGCUCCCACCCAGGCUUUCAUCUCCACCUCGGUGCCAGACACCUCCGGCUCCAACAACACAGAGAUCAGCAAGAACGACAUGUUUGAGGAGAUCAAGAGCAAAUUCUUGAAUGAAAUUGAUAAAAUCCCCUUACCUCCUUGGGCUCUGAUCGCCAUUGCUGUGGUGGCCGCGUUGCUCAUCCUCACCUGCUGCUUCUGCAUAAUCAAAAAGUGCUGCUGCAAGAAGAAGAAGAACAAGAAAGGGAAGAAGGGCAAGGAUGGCUUCAACAUGAAGAACAUGCAGGGCGAGAUACACCAGGACGACGAGGAUGACGACGAGGGGGAGACCGGACUGACGGAGGAGGAGAAAGAGGAAGAGGAGAAGGAAGAAGAGAAGCUGGGGAAGCUGCAGUAUUCUAUAGAUUAUGACUUUGAAAAUGCAAAGCUCACAGUCGGCAUCCUUCAAGCUGCGGACCUCAUAUCCAUGGACUCGGGUGGAACCUCGGACCCUUACGUCAAAGUCCAGCUCCUACCCGAGAAGAAGAAGAAGUACGACACCAAGGUCCACAAGAAAACGCUGAACCCCGUCUUCAAUGAGACAUUUGUAUUCAAGGUGCCCUACGAGGAGCUCGGGGGGAAGACGCUGAUGAUGUCUGUUUAUGACUACGACCGAUUUUCCAAACAUGACGUCAUUGGAGACGUGAAGAUUCCCAUGAACACGAUCGACCUCGGGCGGCCCAUCGAGGAGUGGCGGGACCUGGACAGCGCCGAUCAAGAGGAGCCGGAGAAACUCGGAGACAUCUGCAUCUCGCUGCGUUACGUCCCCACCGCCGGUAAACUCACCGUCUGCAUCCUGGAGGCGAAGAACCUGAAGAAGAUGGACGCCUGUGGAUUAUCUGAUCCUUAUGUGAAGAUCCAGCUUCUGCAGGGGGGUAAGCGUCUGAAGAAAAAGAAGACUACAGUGAAGAAGAACACCCUAAACCCUUACUACAAUGAAUCCUUCAGCUUUGAAAUCCCUCUGGAACAGAUGCAGAAAAUCUUAGUGGCGGUCACAGUGUUUGAUUAUGACAAGAUCGGUAAGAACGACGCCAUUGGAAAGAUCUUCGUGGGCAGUAAGGCCAGCGGGCUCGGCCUGAAGCACUGGUCCGACAUGCUGACCAAUCCGCGCCGCCCCAUUGCCCAGUGGCAUCCAUUGCAGCCAGAGGAGGAUAUAGAUGGUCAGCUGGCAUCCUUGAAUGCAAAGAAGUAA